GACUUCUCGAGGCGGGGCGUCGGUGCAGGUAAAGGCGGAACAGAAGAAAACGAGACACAAAAAGUGCACAAAACCCUCAAACUUAAAGGUUUCGGGUUCGGAACGGGCUUCAAUUGCAGCUGCACCAUGGGGCUGUGUGAUGGCCUGUCUCACUGUAAGCUGGCGCUGGUUUUCGCCGUGGUGAUGGAUUUGCUGGGAGGAACCGCUCUGCUGGUGGGGGUGUUCGCUCGGCUGGAGACCAAAGGACAGGACUAUGGAGACAUGCUGGUCUAUACAGGAGCUCUGUUCGUGGUCGCAUCUCUGGCCGGGUGGGUGCUCUGGUACAGUGGGAACAUCGAAGGCCUGACCUCCAAGAAGGAGCUGGGACACAUCAGCAGCGCAGUCGACCGACUUGCCCGCAACCUCAGCCGCAAGAUCCACUCCUACAGGAACCACUUCUGAGCGACGGGGGGUCCGCGGGUCUGUUACACCUCGAAAAUCUGCCUGUAGUCGUCAGUAUUAAUUCAAGAAACACACUCAAAGUGUUCAGAAAGGUGUUAAUAAGCAUGCCAGAAACAUUUCAGCUGAAAGUUUUCCUGUUACAAAAUCACACUGAAUUUUUGUAUCUGUUCAAUUUUAUUUACCUUCAGUGUUUGAUAAAAGCUCAUUUCAUUGUUACAGUGGUUAUGUGUUGGAUUUCAAUAAAAAUAUUUCUAUAAAUUAGGUUUUUUCAUCUUUCACAUAUUUAUACACGUUAUCUCAAAGACAGUUUUUUUUCGCUUCAUUAUGACUGAUUUUGUUCACCUUUAUAAUGCUUUGUUGAAAACAUGAGAUUUUAGUAUUUUAUAUAUCCUGAAAUUUAUUCACUUUUCAGCCUCCAGAUGGCGCCAUUCGUUAAAAGAAAUGCAGUCGUGACUUUUGCCAAUGAGAUCAGUCUAACUUGAUGUGUUAUCUGCUGCUUUGCAAACGGAAAAUAUCAAGAGACAGCCAAGCUACACUUGCCUGCUA